AUGAGUACCGACAAAUCCAGCUCUAAGGCGCCAUCAUCUCACACGCCGGAUGUGAUCGAAAAGCAAGCCAUCGAUAGAUCAGCGAGCUCCAGUUUUGACGACACGAGCAACGAGAGCGGGCUGGUAGAGGGCGACUAUGGCUCACAAGGAGGUCAUAUCUUUGAAGAUGAGCAAGUUGCCAGUUAUUGGAGAGGUGUUUAUGAGAAGGCAACGUAUGAAGGAAGACAUCGUUUUGAUCCUUCUUUUAAGUGGACUGCCAAGGAGGAGAGGAGGCUACUUCGAAAGAUCGAUUUGAGGAUCAUGCUAUGGACUUGGAUCAUGUUUUGCGCCCUAGAUCUGAACCGCAGAAACAUCAAUCGCGCUAUCAGCGAUAAUAUGCUCGAUGAUCUCGAUAUGAACACCAAUGAUUUCAACUAUGGACAAACUAUAUUCCUAGUAUGCUUUCUAUCUGCGGAACUUCCUAGUGGUCUCAUCAGUAAGAAAAUAGGACCAGAUAGAUGGAUCCCCUUUAUCAUUGUCGCUUGGUCGUUAGUUAGUGCUUCUCAGGCUGGCCUUUCUUCGAAAACCGGAUACUAUGUGGUACGAGCUCUUCUAGGCAUUUUCAUGGGAGGAUUUAUCCCGCCAAUUCGGUUAGCAUGGUUUUGGACAGCCAUCAGCACAUGUAACAUCAUUGGCUCAUUCCUAGCGGCGGGUAUUCUUAAGAUGCGCGGGAUCCGUGGAUGGGGCGGUUGGCAAUGGCUGUUUUUGAUCGAGGGAACUAUUACCUUUGCCAUUGGAUUAGCCAGCUGGAUAUUGAUGCCGCCAGGGCCCACGCAGACAGCAAACUGGGCUAGAGGCAAAAACGGCUGGUUCUCGGAAAAAGAGGAGCUUAUUUUAGUUAAUCGACUUUUACGCGACGACCCAUCCAAAGGUGACAUGCAUAAUAGACAAGCAGUUGGCCCUGUCAAACUGUUAAAGUCGCUCAAAGAUUACGAUUUAUGGCCUAUGUAUAUUCUUGGCCUCCUUGUCUAUAUUCCUGCACAACCUCCCUCAACGUACUUAUCCUUAAACUUGCGCAAUCUCGGUUUUUCUGUGUUUGAGUCAAAUCUCCUGACAAUUCCGAGUCAAUUCUUAUUUAUGGUUAACCUCCUGAUAAUUUCAAAAGUAAGCGAAUGGGUGAAUGAGCGAAGCUUAAUAUCAUCAAUCAGCAAUAUAUGGAUCUUGCCGUGGUUGAUUGCACUUGUGGUCCUACCGGAGGAUGCUAGUCCAUGGCUUCGAUAUGCCCUACUAACUGGACUACUUUCAUACCCAUAUUGUCAUGCUAUUUUGGUCGCCUGGAACUCGAGAAACUCAAACACUGUUCGAACAAGAGCUGUCAGCGCUGCUUUAUAUAAUAUGUUUGUACAAGCUGGAAACAUCGUUGCUACUAAUAUUUACAGAGAUGAUGAUAAACCACUAUAUCGUAGAGGAAAUAAGACUCUUCUCGGCAUAUGUUGCUUCAAUAUUGUUCUAUUUUGGAUCGUCAAAGGUUAUUAUAUCAAACGAAAUACAAGACGUACAAGAGUUUGGGAAGCAAUGUCAAAAGGUGAACAGGUGGAGUACAUAGAAACCACAAAAGAUGAGGGUAUGAAGAGAUUGGACUUUAGAUUUGUGCAUUAG